AUGGCCCCCGUCGCAACUACCGACAACGUUACUUCCAACGGUACGGACAUCGCCAGCCUCAAGGAGGCCGCGAAGGUCUUCAAUCCCUUCUACUCACCUUCUGCGGGCGACGACAACGAUGGUAACUACGAGUUCGCCAAAUACAAGCCAUCCUUCCCCGAUGUAAAGUGGGAGCCGCUCAAGGAGCAGUCCGUCACCGACCGCGGCCUCUUCGCUGACCCGGAGAAGAAGAGCCUUUUCGCCGCGGCGACGAAAGUGCAGCACCUGACACCCGCCAUCGGUACUGAGAUCAUCGGCAUCGAUCUCAGACAACUUACCAACCAGCAGAAGGACGAGCUUGCAUUGCUCGUAGCUGAGAGGGGAGCUGUUUUCUUCCGCGACCAAGAAAUCAACAUCCACGAACAGCUGGAGCUCGCGCGCCACUUCGGCCCACUUCACAAGCACGCUACGACGGGCGUUCCCCGAGAGCCAGGCCUUGAGGAAGUGCACGUUGUAUACAACGAUGGUUCUCGUCGCCCGGAUCCGUCGGCAUUCUCGAAAUUGGAGCUUUGGCACUCAGAUGUCACGUAUGAAAUCCAACCCCCCAGCACGACCUCACUGAAAGUGAUCACUGGUCCUCCCUACGGCGGUGACACCCUCUGGAGCUCCGGCUACGCCCUUUACUCCUCUUUCAGUCCCGGCUUCCAAAAGUACCUCGAGGGCCUCACUGCAGUUCACAGCGCAGUUGCCCAAGCCGACGGAUCGCGUGCAGCCGGUCACACUGUCCGUCGAGAAGCCGUCGAGACCAUUCACCCCGUCGUCCGCGUGCACCCAGUGACCGGUUGGAAGAGCAUUUACGUCAACCCCGGCUUCACACGUCGCAUCGUGGGCGUGCCUAAGGCUGAGAGCGACACAAUCCUCAACCUUCUAUUCCACCAGAUCAGCGAAAACCCCGACUUCCAGGUACGCUUCCGCUGGGAGCCCAACUCCAUCGCCUUCUGGGACAACAGGGUCGUUACGCACUCGGCGACGUUUGACUUCUGGCCGCAUACCCGACACGCGCUGCGCGCGACACCGCAUGGCGAACGCCCGACUUCGGUGGCGGAGUACGAGAAACAGGGCAAGGUCGCAAAGGAUCGGCAGCUGGAAAUUUGGGCGCAACAGGGAAUUUCUGGCUUCCAACAAAACGGCCAGGCAAAGCCACGCGGGUACAACGACUGA